AUGAUCGUUUGGCUAAUGCUGAUCUUCUACCCGGUCGCUGCCGGGUUGGUUAAGGAGCAGGUGCUACCGGUCGGGUGCUCAAUACCGUUCUUUGAUUACACUCAACAUCCGUGGUAUAUCAUCAACUACAUCAUGAAUGCCGCGCUGAUCGUCCUUAUUGCACUAAUGUUUGCGGGGCUCGACGGGCCGUUCUACUUGUUCGUCUGCCACUCUGCGGCACAGUUGGAGAUACUGAUUCUGUACGCUAGCCGGAUCGGAGAGAAUCCAGACAACCCGGAUGAGCAAAGGCGUAUCGUAAGAAAGAUGUUUGACAUUCAUACGCGCAUGUCGGACUUUAGCUCCAAGUGCUCCCGCAUCUUUCAAGACAUAUUUCUUAGCCAAACGAUCUGUUCGACGAUACAUAUCUGCGUGUCACUGUUCCACGUUCAGUUUAACAGCAAGAGUAACUCCUUCGGGAUGGCGUUAACUAAUGUUUGCAAAAUGUGGCUCUUCUGCUAUGGCGGGGAGUUUAUAAAAACCAAAGCGAACGCGUUCAACAAUGCCCUGUACGCCUCCCGAUGGUACAGGCAGUGGGUCCGACGCGAUCUCGCCGAUAUCCUGUUUAUGAUGGCGAAUGCUCAGCGGAAUUAUGGUUUCAGCGUCGGUGGCUUUCGGUACCUCUCGUACGAAACAUUCACAGAGAUCAUGAAGACGGCCUAUACAUGUAACGCUUUUUUGCAGCAAGUGUUCAAAUGA